GUUUUUCAGCACAUUUAUUUAAGAAUAUAAAAAUGUUGACUACGAAACUAAUAACUACCUUAAAAGAAGUAAAUUGUUCAGCAUUUCGUAAGAUCGUUCAACUUAAUAGCCACUUACGUUCGGCUCCGAAUAAUUUACAGAAUGUACGGCAACUUUACGCAAAAUCCUCUUUAGGGUUGGAUGGCUUUGAACACACAUGCCAAAUCACGCAACAACAGUUAGAAAAUAUAGCUGAUAAAUUUAAAGAAAAAAUGUUAGAAAAUAUUAAUAAUGAUAGUAAUAAGAACAUGGUGUUUACAGAAGAUUUGAAGAACAUGAUUCAUGUAUCAACAGAUGAAAAAGAUCUAGAAUUAGUUGUUACAAUGAUAAAAAAAUUUAACUCGCAAAAUAGAGAAUUGCGUUUUGGAAGUUUUAUAUUUGGUCCAGUAGUAAUGCGUUUAUUUUAUUUACACAACAGACCAGAUUUAGCAGUUGAGUGUUUCAAAUGUCCAGAAUUGAAUGGAUUUUUCGAUCAAAUAAUAAGUUAUCAAUUACUAUUAGAUCUACUUUUUGAAAAUCAAAAAUAUGAGGAAAUGUUAGAAUGUGUAGAUCUUAUAAAGGAAAAACAAUUGGAGGGGAUUAGAUAUCCAAGAAAUGUUGUUGUUCUAACUAUGGCUGCAUGUUAUAAAUUGAACACCAAAGAAAGCUUGGAAUACGCUUUAAAAUUGUGGAAAGAAUUACAAGAGGUUGGUCACUUUCCAAUGAGGAGGGCGACUACUUUUUGCGCAGGGCUGGCUUAUAACCAAGGGAACCCUGGUAUAGCUUUAGAAAUCCUAACAUCGGCAAAAAAUCAAAACUAUACCACAGUCAGGAAUUUAAAGAAUAUAAAAAUGUUGACUACGAAACUAAUAACUACCUUAAAAGAAGUAAAUUGUUCAGCAUUUCGUAAGAUCGUUCAACUUAAUAGCCACUUACGUUCGGCUCCGAAUAAUUUACAGAAUGUACGGCAACUUUACGCAAAAUCCUCUUUAGGGUUGGAUGGCUUUGAACACACAUGCCAAAUCACGCAACAACAGUUAGAAAAUAUAGCUGAUAAAUUUAAAGAAAAAAUGUUAGAAAAUAUUAAUAAUGAUAGUAAUAAGAACAUGGUGUUUACAGAAGAUUUGAAGAACAUGAUUCAUGUAUCAACAGAUGAAAAAGAUCUAGAAUUAGUUGUUACGAUGAUAAAAAAGUUCAACUCGCAAAAUAGAGAAUUGCGUUUUGGAAGUUUUAUAUUUGGUCCAGUAGUAAUGCGUUUAUUUUAUUUACACAACAGACCAGAUUUAGCAGUUGAGAACACCAAAGAAAGCUUGGAAUACGCUUUAAAAUUGUGGAAAGAAUUACAAGAGGUUGGUCACUUUCCAAUGAGGAGGGCAACUACUUUUUGCGCAGGGCUGGCUUAUAACCAAGGGAACCCUGGUAUAGCUUUAGAAAUCCUAACAUCGGCAAAAAAUCAAAACUAUACCACAGUCAGGAAUUUAAAGGUUGCUUCUUUAGCAGCUCUCGGUAGCGUAGAAAAUGCCAUUCCCAUUUUGAAAGGUGUAUUUUCCGAAGAUAUGCCUGGAGCUCAAAAACACACAUUCAAUAAAGAAGUUAUAGAUAAAGUGCGGGACGCAAUUGCAGCCCUUAAUCAUCCGGAAUUGGCUUCAGAAUUCGAAAAAAUUGAAAAAUCUCUUCGGAAUCAGGGACAGAUUAUAAACACAAACAUGGAUGAACAGUUAUGUCAAGAAAUACAAGCACCUGUAACAUAUCAAAAUAACAGAAGAAAUCAGGAUUCUCGCUCAACCACCAGUAACAAAGAUACAAUAAAACUGGAAAAUUCUUACUUGCAAUCAAUAUCCAGGCUCAAGAUGCAGGCACUAAACAGCAGGCAGGCUCUAGCGGACGAAACAGAGCUGGUAAAAUAGGACGAAUAGCAAAUAAGCAACAUGCAGGAAAUAGCAUCAACAGCGCUGGAGGACUGCGGCAAGCAACAAGCAGCAUGCAUUAAGAUCUUGAAUUCUAUCUGAUGUGCCAGCAACGUCACCUUGAGUGUUACUUAUAAUCAAGUAUAAAAUCCGUAAAACGAUAACUGCAACC